ACUGCAGCUGGGGAUCGCGGAAUCGCGCUCGGCUUCCGUUCAUUCUCGAGCGAUUAAACCGGGAUCGGGGGUGGAGGGGUUUUGGUUUUGGGUUGAAACGUGUGAAGGAUAUUUCGGGCAGCAGAGAGCCAGUCAGUUUGGGGUCACCGAUUUGUAGAAUGGUGGCGGCUGAACCGCGUCGGUACAUUAGCGCCUGCAUCCGGAGUGCUGUGUAGGAAGGGGAUGUGAGAGCAGUACUCCAGACAAAAUCUUAACUGGGAAAUGGCCACAGGAUGCCGGAAGCUGUGCAAACUCAAGACCAACCCAUGGAGGAGGAGGUGGAGACCUUUGCCUUCCAGGCUGAGAUUGCUCAGUUGAUGUCUUUGAUCAUCAACACUUUCUAUUCCAAUAAGGAAAUCUUUCUGAGAGAGCUGAUUUCUAAUUCAUCUGAUGCUCUGGACAAGAUAAGAUAUGAGAGCUUGACUGACCCAAGCAAGCUGGAUUCUGGAAAAGACCUGAAAAUUAACCUGAUUCCAAACAAGCAUGAUCGCACUCUGACCAUUGUGGAUACAGGCAUAGGGAUGACCAAAGCUGACCUAGUCAACAAUCUUGGUACUAUUGCCAAGUCUGGUACCAAAGCUUUCAUGGAAGCCCUGCAGGCGGGGGCUGAUAUAUCCAUGAUUGGUCAGUUUGGUGUUGGCUUCUACUCUGCCUACCUGGUUGCUGAGAAAGUGACGGUGAUCACCAAGCACAAUGAUGAUGAACAGUAUGCUUGGGAGUCGUCAGCUGGAGGCUCUUUCACUGUCAGACUUGAUAAUGGUGAACCUUUGGGCCGUGGAACGAAAGUCAUCCUGCAUCUUAAAGAAGAUCAAACUGAAUACCUGGAGGAACGGAGAAUCAAGGAAAUUGUGAAGAAGCAUUCCCAGUUCAUCGGCUAUCCUAUUACUCUCUUUGUGGAGAAGGAACGUGAUAAGGAGGUAAGUGAUGAUGAGGCUGAGGAAAAGGAAGAAGAGAAAGAAGAGAAGGAGGAAAAGACAGAAGAUAAACCUGAGAUUGAGGAUGUUGGUUCUGAUGAAGAAGAAGAAAAGAAGGAUGGAGAUAAGAAGAAGAAAAAGAAGAUUAAGGAGAAGUACAUUGAUGAGGAAGAACUUAACAAGACCAAGCCCAUCUGGACCAGGAAUCCAGAUGACAUAACCAACGAGGAAUACGGAGAAUUCUACAAGAGUCUAACUAAUGAUUGGGAAGACCACUUGGCUGUCAAGCACUUUUCUGUGGAAGGGCAGUUGGAAUUCAGAGCUCUGCUGUUUGUCCCACGGCGUGCUCCCUUUGAUCUAUUUGAGAACAGGAAGAAGAAGAACAACAUCAAGCUGUAUGUACGCAGAGUUUUCAUCAUGGACAACUGUGAGGAACUGAUCCCUGAGUAUCUGAAUUUCAUGAGAGGUGUGGUAGACUCGGAGGACUUACCUCUGAAUAUUUCUCGUGAAAUGCUGCAGCAAAGCAAGAUCCUGAAAGUGAUCCGGAAGAACUUGGUGAAGAAAUGCUUAGAACUUUUCACUGAGUUGGCUGAAGACAAGGAGAAUUACAAGAAGUUCUAUGAGCAGUUCUCCAAGAACAUUAAGCUUGGUAUACAUGAAGAUUCCCAGAAUCGCAAGAAGCUCUCAGAAUUACUGAGGUAUUACACAUCUGCAUCUGGUGAUGAAAUGGUUUCUCUGAAGGAUUACUGCACUCGGAUGAAGGAAAACCAGAAACACGUCUACUACAUUACUGGUGAAACAAAAGAUCAGGUAGCGAACUCCGCAUUUGUGGAGCGUCUUCGCAAACAUGGCCUGGAGGUGAUCUACAUGAUUGAGCCUAUUGAUGAAUACUGUGUGCAGCAGCUGAAGGAAUUUGAAGGCAAGACUCUGGUUUCUGUAACAAAAGAGGGUUUGGAGCUUCCAGAGGAUGAUGAAGAGAAAAAGAAACAGGAGGAGAAGAAAGCCAAGUUUGAAAACCUUUGCAAAAUAAUGAAAGACAUCCUUGAAAAGAAAGUAGAAAAGGUUGUUGUGUCCAACCGUUUAGUUACCUCUCCAUGCUGUAUUGUAACAAGUACAUAUGGCUGGACUGCAAAUAUGGAGAGGAUCAUGAAAGCGCAAGCAUUGAGAGACAACUCCACAAUGGGAUACAUGGCAGCAAAGAAACACCUGGAGAUUAAUCCUGAUCAUUCCAUCAUUGAAACUCUGAGGCAGAAGGCAGAGGCUGAUAAGAACGACAAGUCUGUGAAGGAUCUUGUCAUCUUGCUGUAUGAGACGGCACUCCUGUCCUCUGGCUUCAGUUUAGAAGAUCCUCAGACGCACGCCAAUCGCAUUUAUAGAAUGAUCAAACUUGGCUUGGGCAUUGAUGAAGAUGAUGCUGCUGCGGAAGAAGCCAGUCCAGCAGUUACUGAGGAGAUGCCACCUCUUGAAGGAGAUGAUGACACAUCACGCAUGGAAGAGGUGGAUUAGAACAGUUUACAGGAACUCAUGAAUGUUUCCUUGGCUAAUACGAAUAAGUUAUAUUUUGUAUAUUAUGAAUGUUACCUGCCAAAAAAAAAAAAUCUUUGACACUUUGUCUGCAUUCCCUCUUUAUAUUUAUUUUCAAAGAUGUUAUACCUUUAUUUUUGUUACAUUGCUUUUGCAGCUAAUGUGAGAUACAAAUGCCAGUGAGGGAAUAUUUUCGUUAACACUGUACAACCCUAAACAGGCAAGUAAGGAGUAGUUAUUUUUGUCUGUAUUAGCUGGUUGCAGGUGGCAGGGGUUUUGACUUAUUCUUAAUUGCCAGAAAUGUGGGAAAAAGGUAACAAAGAUGGUGUGAUAUCAGGAUGUUCAAGUUUGUUUAGUGUUCUACAGCUCUUCAACUCUACAUCUAACAAUACAGUACCUAGUAACUAGGUAUCUAGGAGAGCUGAAAUACUUGGGGAAGCUUUAACCCUUUUGCUCCUAACAAGGUCUUGAUGUUUAAAGUUGUUUUUUAUACUGUUUAAGGAUUCUGGAUUGCACUCUACCAUAGAAUAGAAUCCACUGUAAAUCUCUAUUGUGACUUAUGCAACUCUGCAUGUACAGUUCAAACCUAGAACUGUAAAAAUAAAAGUGUUAAGAAUGAGUUGUGUUACUGACUUGUCUGUUAACACUUGGGACAAAUCCUAUUGUUCAUGGCAUCAGUUGCUGCUUUGGAUCCUGAUUACUGGUUGCUCACUGUUAAGUCUGGAAUCAGCGCUGUGUAGUGCCAUUACCAAUACCACAUAAAUGCAGAGAUGUCAGUUUUUGAAGAUCUCAGACAAUUUUUAUCUCUUAACAGAAGUGAUCAUUUGCCUCAAAUUAGGUUGUGUUGAUAGUCCAGCCGUUUGGAAGUCUGCAAAUGCAGCUGAUGCUCCUAAAGUUGCACACCAGAUGGAUUGGUGUUGCUGUACAAGUUUUGCAUGUGAAGCUGAUUAACCACCAAAACAUCAGUUUUGGAGAAACUGUGUUUGUAGCCGUUGUCUCAAAGAGGAGAGAAGGGAAGGAGCCAAAAGGUAGCUCCAGCAGUUUCCCCUGGCUGUUCAGCACUUCCUAUGGAUUAGGUGCCAUUCAUUUGCUUUGGAUAUGUAAUACUUCGGUAUUUGUAGCAAGGGUGAGUUAAACUUGUGAGGCAGGAGGUUAGGGGUGGCAGCAAGUUGUGAGCAUCCUAUCCUGGUCUUCCAUAAGGGUUGGUUUAAUACUAUUUCCUUUUGUUAUGUUUCAUAAGCAGUAUAUGAAUUUGUGUUUCCCACUGUAAACAAAUCUAUGUCUGAUAGUACACUGCAGAUAUUUUUGUAAUAAGGUGAAAGGAUGAUUUGUUCUAAUGGUGUCUGAAGGUAUCUAAAAAUAGAGGCUUCCUGAAAGCUAAGCUAAAGCAGUAGUACCUUUGUAAGGAUCCUCUGUGUUAAAGUAGCAUGGUCGUGGGGUUGGUUCUCUGCUUCAGACAGGAUGGAGGCAGUGGAUCCUCUGAGGCAGUACUUGCUGAGUGAGCAGUUAAGCAGCCUUCUGGCAGCCACUCCAGAACCUGACAAUUUGUAUCUCAGUUUACUGGGCUGAUGUGCUUGUGUUUUUGCAAAUAAUUCUGAAAUUGUUUUCCAAAAUGAAUUUAAAGGUUUGGAUAUGAAAAUAAACUGCUUCAGUACUGC